AUGCAUCAUAAUUUGCAAGAAGUUGAAGAAGGAAAACUAAUGUAUUUCGAUAAAACGAAACGUGUUCCAAGUCCAUUGAUUGGAGAUCAUAAUUUCAGUAUGUACAAUGAAAAAUGUAUUAAUCCAAAACCAAGAGCACGAUCCACUUCUAUGAAGAAAGCUAAAAAUAAGACGUUUGAAAGUUAUGAAAUUGAUGGAAUUCGACCAAGAACAAGCAGUUUACCAACGAAAAAUAACUACAGGAGACCUUUAAUAAAGAACUUAAGAACAAACUACGAAGACCAAGAUCACGAUUUGUAUAGACUCAGAACUUUUGAGAUGACAUCGAAAGGCAUCGUCAACCGUGGGGAUUCCAUCAAGUCUCGGAGUACAAACAGUAUUGUUUCAUCUGAGGGUGAUGGAUAUGCCGUGUCAAUUGGAUCAAGUUCUUGUUCACAAAGCAGUUUAGCUAAUAGUGAUGGUUCUUUACAAAAAUCUAAGCCUUAUAAGAUUGUGAUACUGGGUGCCUUGGGUGUUGGGAAAUCUACAAUUGCCCAGCAGUUUUUGACAUCGGAUUAUCGGUUCGAUAUCAGCAUCGAUAGUCAACAAGAAAAGAUGGUUUCUGUUCUACUAGACGCAGAGGAAUCAACAAUGGAGUUCGUUGACCUCGAAUCAGAAUUGCAUGAACACGUGGAAGGAGAAUUCGAUUGUUAUGUAGUGGUUUUCUCCAUCGAUGAUAGAAAUACAUUUGACAGAGGUGUUGAUAUUUUAUACAAUCUUCGUCACGAAAAACACAUUGGCUCUGCUAUGAUUUUAGUUGGGAAUAAAAGUGACCUUGUAAGAACUAGAAUUAUACAACCAGAAGAGGCAAAACCGGUUGCAGUACAGUACGAUUGUAAAUUCAUAGAAACUUCAACAGUGCUCAAUAUGAACAUCGACGAACUCUUGGUUGGAAUAUUGAAACAGAUUAGACUGAAGCAUAAACAAGAAGGAAGGGAACGGUUAUGUGGUACGGAUGUCAGUUGUAUUAACAAAAGUAGAACAUUGCUGACCAAACUUUUUGGAAAAAACGCAUUAUCAAAAUCAUGUGACAAUUUGUAUGUCUUGUAAAACAUUUCUUUUGGAAGCGACAUAUUACAUCAAAGGUUAUAUCAUUAAAUGCUUAAAUAUAAUUUUUUGACUCAUGCGGUAAUUUGUAAA